AUGUCCCAGCGCGACGUCGAGUACAGUUGUGGAUCUUGUGGAUACCCUCUAAACCUUUCAUCUUCUAACCGAAGCACAUCUGAAGUAGGAUCCUCAUAUAAGAAGUCUCUGAAGAAAGGACUGAUUUCAUUCAUUUCUGUUGAUCUCAGCCGAUUUACUCAGGUGGACGAAGUAUCUUGCUUUCCCCUCGCCUGGCGUAGUUACAGGCCAAAAACUAAGCUUCUCUGCCGAAAAUGUGGAGCAUCUAUUGGCUACGGAUACGGACUCAGUAAGUCAAAUAUGGAAAGAGAGACAAUAGAUGUCAGCUUAGAGAACUCCAUCAGUUACCUAUCUGAUGAUUGCUUGCUUUCUAUAUUUAACAAGCUAGAAAGUGAGUCAGAGAGGAGUGCUUUUGGUUUAACUUGCAAGAAUUGGUUCAAGGUUCGAAACCUUGGUCGGAAAUCACUAACGUUCCAUUGUUCUUUUAACCCUACAAUAGACAAGGAGCAUGCCAAGUGCAUCCCCAAGAUAUUGGCUCACUCACCUUGUCUUAACCGGAUAUCCCUUGCUGGACUCACAGAGCUACCUGAGUCAGCUUUGAGCACACUGAGAAUGUCUGGAUCAUCUCUAAAAUCCCUUUCAUUCUACUGCUGUUCUGGUAUAACAGAUGAUGGUCUAGCACAGGUGGCAAUUGGGUGCCCUAAUUUGGUGGUUGUUGAACUUCAAAGCUGCUUUAAUAUUACAUAUGUUGGUUUGGGAAGUCUUUCAAAAGGCUGCCACGCUUUGAAGAGUGUAAAUAUUGGUUCUUGCAUGGGCAUUUCAGACCAAGGGGUUUCUGCAAUCCUUAGCAAUUGUUCAAACAUUUGCACACUAAUCAUUACAGGCUGCAGGCGUCUGUCUGGUGUUGGAUUCAGAGGUUGUUCAAGUUCAUUUUGUUACCUUGAAGCUGAGUCUUGCAUGUUUUCUCCAGAUGGUUUGUUGGACGUAGUUAGUGGCAGUGGGCUCAAGUACCUGAACUUGCACAAGUUAGGAAGCUCAACUGGUCUGGAUGGCCUGGGUAACCUUGCUUUUGCUAAAAGCCUCUGCAUCCUGAAUCUCAGGAUGUGUCGCUACCUCACAGAUGAUUCCGUGACAGCAAUAGCCAGUGGGUGCCCAUUGCUUGAGGAGUGGAACCUUGCUGUCUGCCACGGGGUCCAUUUACCUGGCUGGUCUGCAAUCGGGCUGUACUGCAAUAAGCUAAGAGUGCUGCAUGUGAACCGCUGCCGACACAUCUGUGACCAGAGUUUGCUGGCCCUCGGCAAUGGCUGUCCGCGCCUCGAAGUUCUGCAUAUAAAUGGCUGUGCCAAGAUCACCAAUAAUGGCUUGGCUUUAUUUACCAUUUCCAGGCCCCAUGUGAACCUAAGGGUGGACGAAGUUUUGUCCAUUGGCCCUUCCAUUGAGAAUUUGUUCCGGCUGCAUUGA